UGUUAUCAUGCAUGUUAGUUAUGUUUAUUGCCUGUGAUUAAUGAGUAACUCAGGGAACUAAAGGGAGAGGGCGUGGAGGUUUUCUUAUAGCGAAAAUAGAGUGACGCUUGCCAGCAGACUCAUUGCUCCACCAGCUUCUAGUGAGCUGGUAUUGAUUGCCUAAUUUCUCACAAAACAGCUUAGACCUUUUCAAAAAGAUGACCUUGCAGAUGAACACUUGACUGGCAUUGAAGGUCCUGUGUUUUUGUUUGCUGUCAUGGAGUCCGUCAGAAGCCUGUCUUCGCUAACCAUCUGUCUGUGUAUACAGCUGUCAGUGUGUCUUCUGGAUUCAACUGCCUCAGACAGCACCAGCUUGUGGGGUAAGAAGAUACAGCUCAGGGGUCACCAGUAUGUGUGGCAGCUACAUCCAGAUGCUGUGGUACCAACCCUUAAAGAGCUGAGUGUAUGUGAGCUUCUACGCCUCAACUAUGGAACCGAAUGGACUGGUUUUGUCUACAAAGCACCGAUGGAAAGACACAUAGCACUGGGAUUUGGGGGCAAAAGUACACAUCUGGCUGUAUGGCUGUUUGGUGAAGAACAUCGCUUGGAAUGGAAACUGAGUUUGAAUGAAUGGCACUCUGUCUGUCUCACCUGGUCGGGCCAAGCACGGAGGCUGCGGAUCUACAUAAAUGGAACCAGCCAGCACGAGUUCUUUGUGAAACCCAUCCUGCCCCAGAAACUGGCCCCAAACGGCACUCUCACUCUGGGGGUGUCUCAUUAUGUAGACGCAUCUGGUAAAGUACAGUCGGAGAGUGGGAAAAAUCUGCUUGGUGAGAUUGGUCUGUUCAGGAUGUGGGCCAGAGAAUGGACAGCGGAGGAGCUGAGGGAGCAAAGCUGUGCAGAUGGAGACGUGGUGAGCUGGGACAUGAAGCAGUGGCAAUGCAACUGCCCUGCCCCUGAGCCUGACAACAACCUACAUUGUGCAUGGCCACUCUACAAAAUCAAAAUGAAGACAUUCAUAGUUCACUCUAUUUGGCCCGAAAAUUGUUCACUGUCGCUGGAGGAAGUCACAAGAAACUGGUUGGAGAGUGUUUUUCCUCUCAACAUUUCUGUCCAUGACAUCUUUGUGUCAACCCCAAGCCGUACCUGCCAUGUGGUUAAUAAUUCUGCUGCUCUACAUGUGCAACAACCUCAGGGAUCAACAGCAUUUUCAAACACCACCUGUGACAAUUGUUUCGACUGUGAAGUCUAUGUGAGCGUGGAUCCUUCUGCUAAUGUAGAAGUUGUUCAGGGGAACAUUGCUGCCUUGCUGAGUUUGACCUUCUCUUACGACUUCCUCAACCUGACAGCAAAUAGCAUCAGCAUACUACCUGUGGAGUUAUUCCCUGCAGUGUCCGAGCCCGCCCCAACAGGCAGCACUGAUGUAACUACAUCCGAAACUGGUCCAACUCAAAGUCUGCCAGUUCAGCCUACUAACAUGUCAACGACAGAAGAGCCUUUAGAUCUCAACGAGACUGCCGUUGGACCUGAUAUAUUCUUCAGAGUUAAUAUGACCUUAAGUAUGACUGGCAGCCCUACAAAACCACAUGAUAUUAUUGAGAAAUGGGUGAAAGAACAGCUGGAGGUGAAUGACACUAUGACUGUACUGAAUCUCGUCAUAAAGGAGGAUGUUGGCAGGAACAUGGAGCAGUACAAUGGACAGAUGAUUUCCCAUGGCCAACAAAAACAAUAUUACUGUACCUUCCAUGUUCAGGACUACAGCAUGUACGGUGUGGCAGACAGUAAAACCUUUAUUAUUGCCGUCUUGACGUCAAAGUAUGAAAAUGACUCCAUCUCUAUUCAGACUAUGGAUGUGGUGAUCAAGCACAUAAUGCCAGAAAACUGUUUAGAAGAAGCUACUUCAACAAUCUAUGGACAAUAUAUUUGGCCUGAAGCAUUUCCACAAGUCGACCAAGAAAUGAUAUGCAAAAAGCCAAAAUCAGAGAGAGCCUACAGGCUUUGUAAGUUAGAUAUUGAAACUGACUCCACCAGCUGGUCUCCUCCCAAUAUGACAAAUUGCAUCCCGCUUGUGACCAUAUCAGGCCUCAACAAUAUCACUGUCACUACUGAUAACGCGGCUAAGGUUGUGGACACGAUUCAGGACCUUGUAGAUGUUCAGUUAGGUAGCAAUAAGGAGCUCUCUCCCUCGGAUCUGGAUAUUGUGGUGGAUAAGCUCGGCGAAGUGGUUGAUAUCAGCAUCGUCAAACCUGCUGUUGGUGCCAACAUUAUCAAUAUUGUCGCUGACAUUCUGCUUUCCAAAACUGACAUCACUACGGUGGCUAACAUUGUCCUUAAUCUGACAGAGAAAAUGGGGAACAAUAUGGAUUUCCAAGGUAAAUCUGUCAGUUUAACAGCACCUUCGCUGGCCAUGUCCAUGGUCAACACAGAUCCAGAGGAGUUCAAUGGCCUCACUUUUGGUGUGUCCUCCAUUUCUCCAAAUAUGAACCCAAAGAUUUUUCUCAACCAGAGCUUUGUGAGUCAACCAUUCCCUGACACAAUAGCAACUAUCUCUUUGCCCUCUGCAAUCCACAACUUUUUCCUUCCCGGACAAGGAAAUAAAACUCGUGUCCAGUUUCAUUUUUACGGAAAACAAGAACUUUUUCAGGACCCACUCACAACCAAUACAACACAAAACAGCUGGAGAUUGAAUUCCUGUAUAGUAUCUGCCAGCAUCAAUAACAGCCAUGUCAGCAACCUAAAAGAUCGAGUGGUUGUGACCCUCAGACAUCAAACACCCAAACAUCCAGAAGACACGGUUCAGUGCAUGUUUUGGGAUUUCCUUAAAAACGGUGGGCAGGGCGGUUGGAACAGCAGAGGUUGUGAAACCUGGAGUAUUUCUUCUUAUCAGACCAGCUGUCUCUGUGAUCACCUCACGCAUUUUGCUGUGCUCAUGGAUGUAUCCAGAGUCCCUAUCAGUGACACUGACAAUCAGAUCCUGACAGUGAUCUCAUAUUUUGGUUGUGGUAUAUCAUCUGUUUUUCUGGGCAUCACUCUUCUCACAUAUCUAGCUUUUGAGAAGCUGCGUCGAGAUUACCCGUCUAAGAUACUCAUGAACCUAUCAGCUGCCCUGCUGGGGUUGAGCAUGUUCUUCCUUCUCGACUCCUGGCUUGCAUCCUUUUCCAACUACGGUCUGUGCAUUGCCACUGCUGCGACAUUGCACUACUUCCUGUUGGCUUCUUUCACCUGGAUGGGCCUGGAGGCCUUGCAUAUGUAUUUUGCAUUGGUCAAGGUCUUCAACACCUACGUUCCUUCCUACAUCCUCAAGUUCUGUGCUGUUGGAUGGGGUGUUCCUCUGGUCAUAGUCAGUCUGGUGCUGGCCAUAGAUAAAGAUGCCUAUGGCAGUGCUGAGCCUGAAGAAUCUGCGGUGGUGCUUCAGUCCACUGACCAAUUCUGUUGGGUGCAGGAUGACGUCGUCUUCUAUGUGACGGUGAUGGCGUUUGUUCUUCUGAUCCUGUUGUGCAACAUCUCUGUGUUCAUCGUGGUUCUCAUCCAGAUCAAAAAGAUGAGGGCCAAUAAACCAUCAGCAAACAGCCACAGGUCUCUGCAGGACUUGAGGGCAGUCGCCAGUCUCACCGUCCUGUUAGGCCUGACGUGGGCAAUGGGCUUUUUUUCAUUCGGGCCAGGCAGACUGGUCAUGCUGUACCUGUUCUCCAUCUUCAACUCUUUGCAGGGGUUCUUCGUUUUUUUAUUCCACUGUUUGAUGAAGGAAAAUGUGAGGAAACAGUGGAGAAUCUACUUGUGCUGUGGACGUUUCAGACUCAGUGAUUACUCAGACUGGAGCCGCAGUGUGACAGUGGGCGAUCACCACAAAAAGAAUAACCUUGUUAACUGUGACUCAGUCGCUUCUGCCAGCACCUCCACCAUCAGGAAGGUGUCUGACUCCUCCACAGGGUCAGCACCUAACCACCACCAGGGGGCGUGAGCAGGCCUCUGGAUGUGACAUUUUGUACAGCUCUCCCUCUCAAGGUCCAUUGUUCACAAACACUGAGAGCAGAACAUAGAACAGCUGUUGUGGAUAUGGGAAGACCACAUUUUCAGGGAGAUACAAUGGGUCUGUCUUGCAAUUAAAAGUAAAGUAAAGAAGCCUGUUCUGAAAAGUGCAUAUUUUAUGCUAGCAGACCUUAUUUAAAAGCCUAAAAGCCUUCAAUCUACAGUUCACCUUAAAGGUUUACAUGACUGCUUUCAGUGUUGAAUGAUUCAUCCUUGAAAAAAGGAAGAUUCUGUGUCUGUAAAACUUUUAAUGGUACAUAAGUGAAUGUAAUGUUGCACAGGAAGUAAGGGUUUUCUAUUUAAAUGCGCUGGAAAGUACAAUCUGUAACCAACUGUUUUCAAGUACAUUACAUGAGAAGAUUGUACUGCUCAUGAUGUUUCCUUUAAAGACAUCUAUCUUUAAUUUCAAUGAUAAUAAAAUAUUCAUGUAAGUUUUGUUGAAACGUAUAAAUGUAUAUUCAUAUGAUCUUGGCAUUGCUCUCUCUCAAAUAAAGUGUUAACACA